UAUUAGUAAGUAUGCGUAAUACCUAACCAUAUGUGUAGUUUCACUUUUCCUCAGAAUUAUUCGUAUUACCCAUUUAGAGAGAAAAAAUGUCUGAAAAGGUGACCGUUACCGUGAAGGAGGGAAAAGUGCGUGGAUUCAAGAAAACAAGUAUUUAUUCCGAAGUCGAGUAUUAUUCUUUUCUUGGAGUGCCAUAUGGUCAAUCAACUACUGGACAGGCUCGUUUCAAGGAACCCGUUAAAGUUAAACCAUGGAAUGGUGUAUUCGAUGCAAUAAAUGAAAAAGAUGGUUGUAUACAAUUUUCAUUAUUGCAAAAAUUCAAAAUAUGUGGUUCAGAGGAUUGUCUCUACAACAACAUCUAUACACGUGAAAUUCCGGCAAAAGGAGAUCCAUUGAAGGCAGUAAUUGUCAAUAUCCAUCCAGGUGGUUUUUAUCAUGGAUCGCCAGAUCCUUCGCAUUAUGGAUCACCAGAAUUCAUCAUACAUCAUGAUAUCGUUUACGUCUGCGUGGGUUUCAGGUUGAAUAUUCUUGGAUCAUUGAACUUGAAUUUAAAGGAUUGUUCGGGGAAUCAAAACUUGAAGGAUAUCAUACUAAGUCUUCGAUGGAUAAAGGACAACAUAAAAAAUUUUGGAGGCGAUCCCGAAAACAUAACUAUAAUGGGAAGCAGUAGCGGAUCUGCAAUUGUACACUUUUUAUUAUUAUCUCCAUUAGCGAAAGGUUUAUAUCACAAAGCUAUCCUUAUGGGUAUGUACGUCUUCAGUCCAGCUUUAAUUUUGCCAGAGGAAAACAUGACGACAGCAUAUAGAAUCGGAUGCGAUUUGGGUUACAAAGGAGAACAAAAUGAUGCAAAGAAGCUCUUAAGUUUUUAUAAAAAAGUGCCCAUGUUUAGAUUUAUCGUUUACAAGCCUGAACAUUAUUUUAAUAAAGUAAAUAUGCCAGUAUUUCCAGCCUGCCCAUUUUUGCCCACGUAUGAAUCACCAGAAUAUUCCGAGAAUUCAGCCAUACCUUUGCCCCCAGAAGAGCUGAUUCCUUCGACCAACAGAGUACCUUUAAUGGUUGGUUUAUGCGACAGAGAAGGAAUAAUGGGACUAUUGCCGCUAAAUAGAAAAAAAAUAAAAGAGUCUUUUUAUACAAUUCUUCGUCAAAACAAAAUGGGAUGGGGAAAAAACUUGAACGAUGAUGACCUCGAGAAAAUUCAACAACUGGUUGAAUCAUUUUACAACGAUGGUGCUCCUGUUCAUAUGGCUUCAAUGUCAACUCAAUGCGACAUCAUAACUGAUAUAGCUUUGUCGGAUGUUUACGAUUCGUUGAUUAACGUCAUAUCAGCGGAUCUUCCUUCUUCCACGUACGUUUACAAAUUUCAAUAUAAUGGCCAAUUGUGCACCAUGAAAAAUAGAGUUUCACCUCUACUAGAAAAACCGGUAGAAGGAGCUUUUCACGCAGCCGACUACUCGCAUUGGUGCUACAGUUCUACAAUGGUAGGUAAAAAUUUGGAAUCGAUGACACCGCAAGAUAAAGAAAUAAUAGACAUACUGACCAGCACUAUCACAUCAUUCGCUAAAACAGGAAAUCCUAAUUGUGAGACGCUUAAAGUGAAUUGGAAACCCACCAAUCCAGAUAAUCCGAGUUACUUAACCAUCGAUGAAACGCCAGAGGUGAAAGACGAACUACUGAAUGGAGAACGAAUGGAAUUUUGGCAUAAUAUAAAACGACAGUUCAAAAGAGACUAAACUAGUUCAUUAUGACAUUAGAUUUAUUUUUAGACAUCGACGAAUAAUAAUCAGAGAACUAAAUCUCUCGAUGAGAUUGAACACCGCGUAGAAAAAUUGCACACUACGUUAAAAUUAGAAUUAUUGAAAUAAGUUCAAAAUACUGCAAAUUUAAUACAUACGAUUUCUAUAUCA